GCUCUGCUGCAAAGUGCGAGUGCGCAGCUGCAGCGCGCGCGAGAGCUCGAACCGCUCUGACAGCACAGCUCUGACCAAAAUGCCAAUGGAUAAUUUAAUAUUCGCGCAAUGCAUCCUUUAUUUUUUAGCCUUCGUCUUUAGCUUUAUAGCUAUAGUACCUUUGUCGGAGAACACGGAGGAUUUUCGCGGUAAAUGUCUUCUUUUUACGCGGGGGAUGUGGCAGAAUGAGAACAUCACGGUGUCUAAGCAGCGCUUCAUCAUUGAGGAAUGGGGACCACAGUCUUCCUGCAGCUUCAGCACCGCCGUCGGCAUCGCGUCGCUCUUCCUGUCCGCCGUACAAGCCUGGAGACUGCUGUGCUUCAUCUGCAAAGGCCACGAUGACUCGAUCUUCAAUGCUUUCCUGAACCUGCUCAUCAGCACGUUCGUAGUGUUUGCUGUGUUCCUGUCCAGUACAAUAGUCAGUGUGGGAUUCAAUCUAUGGUGCGAUGCCAUCACAGAGGGAGGCAGUAUGCCCAGCAGCUGUGAGGAUCUACAGGACACUGAUCUUGAACUAGGGUUGGACAACUCUGCUUUCUAUGACCAGUUUGCCAUAGCACAGUUUGGGUUGUGGGCGGCCUGGCUGACUUGGCUUGGCAUCACUGUCAUGGCCUUUCUGAAGGUCUAUCAUAACUACCGUCAAGAGGAUCUUGUCGACAGCUUGAUCCACGAGAGAGAGUUCUUACUCAGACGCUCGUCACGCUGGCGCUCUGAUGUGGUAGAUGAGAAAUGUGCCAUGAUAUGAUCAGCUUUGAAAUGUACUGUCAAGUAAAAUGUUUUUAAAAGCUUCUAAAUUUGGCUCAUUAGUUGGUUUUUCUCAACUUUUGAUUGACCUCAGUUGAGCUUAACUGAGCCAAAUGCUUCUGAAUGAUAUUUUAUUUGACAAUUGACAAUGACAUUAAUGUGCACUCACUUGUUCAGACAAAGGUCACACAUCAUUUAUCACGACAUUCUUUGAUGUUAAGCUUGAAACACAAGACCCUGGACAAAAUAAACAUUGAACAUCAAAAGCUUAAAGGGAUAGUUCAAGAAAAGUUAAAUUCUUUUAUUAAUUACUUCAUGUUAUCCCAAACUUGUAAGACUUUCAAUCACAUUCAAACCACAAAAUUAAGAUAUUUUCAAUUAAACCAGAGAGAUUUCCAUUGAAACCUGUUUCCACCACAGAAUAAAAAAAUAAAUAAAUAAUUUAA